AUGCCGUCCACCAUCGUCGUGCCGGAAGCCUACAUGCUCAAAGGCCGAGAGAACUUCGUCGAAUGGGAUGGCUUUCUCAACAUGUUCCUUCCCGACGACGUCUACGACUACCUCACCGGGGGCCAGAGAUAACGUGAAAUGGACCGACGCCUACUACGCACGCGGACAAGAGUACGCAUCGCGGGUCCUCAUCGCUUCCAUCGAUCCGAUCUGCUCCUCGGACAUCAUUCCGAUUCGCCAGAUGAAAGGCACGGCACACGAGUGCUGGCUCGAACUAACUAGUCGCUACCGCCCCAGCGACGCUCAAGCCGCCGCGACCCUCGUUGGCGAGUUCCGGAACCUUCCGCCGAUCCCCACGACCGAAUCGGGCUUCAAUCAGUGGGCUGGUCAUGUCCGCAUCAUUGUCAACUCAAUGCGAAACCUGAACAUCGAUUUCGAACAAAUCCUUACCGCACGCCUACUCCUCAACAUGCCGCAACUUUACAACAAUUGGAAAUCUACCUUCAACCAGCGUUCAGGCCGCGGCCACCACGCUCCCAAAAAUCGAAGACCUCAUCUUCUCCCUUCGCCGUGGCCACCACGCUCCCAAAAAUCGAAGACCUCAUCUUCUCCCUUCGCCGUGAAGUGAGAUCGAUGGGCGAACACCCCAUUAACGGCGCCACACCAGCAUACAUCGCGUCUGCUCAGCCAGCAGCACACUCUCAAAACCGAUCCAAUGCGAGGUCUCAGCGACCGAACGAAGCCUCUAGCCCCUGCCCCGUAUGCGACGAAGGCAAACACUGGGCUGAGGCUAGAGGCUUCGUUCGGUCGCUGAGACCUCGCAUUGGAUCGGUUUUGAGAGUGUGCUGUUGGCUGAGGAGACGCGAUGUAUGCUGGUGUGGCGCCGUUAAUGGGGUGUUCGGGGGGUUGUCGCCCCGACCACCGCCGCGUCACCGGCCUUUCACAUGCGCAGCGAGUUGCCUCUGA